AGGAUUAUCACUUUCCUUUUGUUUAAGUUUUUGUCGAAGUGACGCCUGUGGCUUACAACACGGUCCUUCCUGCCCGGAGAGAGCAGCUGUUUAUCCAAAAAGAAGAAGAAAAAAAAAGAAAUCACAUCUGACACCGAGUCAUGACCGGGACUGAGAAGUGGAGCGGAGCCGCAGAUGAGGCUGUUGAGGGGGCCGGGGGGGUUCGCACAUGCACGACUUCAGGAGUCUGGCCGAAGCUGUCAGAACCACGCCUAUAGGGGCCCACAAUUGGUCCAGAAAGCGUAAAAUCAGCAAUCAAAGGGGCUUGGUUCAUUAGUGUUGGGGAUGGAGGCAGGAAGGACAUGUGAGAUAGUCACAGAUCUGCAGUGAACGGGGCCACAUCUCUCCAGUCAGUGUGGGAUGACUGAAGCAGAGAAACAGCUUAUUUCUCUGAGAGCCACACAGCGCAGCCGGGCUCUGCCGUCACAGCGCCGCUUCUCCUGAAGGACUCGGCGAAGGAACCAAAGGAAAGGCACAUCAACAGCAACUCUGGGCUAUUUUCUUCAGCCUGGUAACGCGCCGUGUGUUUGACAAGGCACCGUACUGUUCUGUGCAGCUUUACAGAAAUAAACUCGCGAAGCGCGGACCUACACUGGGUGGGGGGAAAUACCACUAAAAUAACCAUUAUUUCACUUCGGAUUUUGUGGAUGCACCGAUGAGAGAUCCAGUUUUCACAGGGACUGCAAUGGCUUAUCACCCUUUUCACGCUCACCGGCCGACCGACUUCCCCAUGUCCGCUUUUCUAGCGGCCGCGCAGCCUUCCUUCUUCCCGGCGCUCAGCCUGCCUCCCGGGGCACUCACCAAGCCCAUUACGGACCACGGCCUGGCCGGGGCGGCGGAGGCUGGGCUCCACCCGGCCCUCAGCCACCAUCAGGCGGCUCAUCUCCGCAGCAUGAAGAGCUUGGAGCCCGAGGAGGAAGUGGACGACGACCCAAAAGUUACACUGGAAGCCAAGGAUCUUUGGGACCAGUUUCAUAAACUCGGAACGGAGAUGGUUAUUACCAAGUCCGGAAGGAGGAUGUUCCCUCCGUUCAAAGUGCGAAUAAAUGGACUCGAUAAAAAAGCCAAAUACAUCCUGUUGAUGGACAUUGUGGCGGCGGACGACUGCCGCUACAAGUUCCACAACUCCCGCUGGAUGGUGGCGGGCAAGGCCGACCCGGAGAUGCCCAAGAGGAUGUAUAUCCACCCGGACAGCCCGGCCACCGGCGAGCAGUGGAUGGCCAAGCCUGUUGCUUUUCAUAAACUCAAGCUGACCAACAACAUUUCAGACAAACACGGAUUUGUCCAGACCAUCUUGAACUCAAUGCACAAGUACCAGCCCAGGUUCCACAUAGUGCGGGCCAACGACAUCCUGAAGCUCCCUUACAGCACCUUCAGGACCUACGUCUUCCCGGAGACCGAGUUCGUGGCUGUGACAGCAUAUCAGAACGACAAGAUAACGCAGCUGAAGAUUGACAACAACCCUUUUGCCAAAGGAUUCAGAGACACAGGGAACGGAAGGAGAGAGAAAAGGAAACAGCUAACCAUGCCGUCGCUGCGGAUGUAUGAGGACCAAUGCAAGGCGGACCGGGAAGGCGCGGACUCAGACGCCUCGUCCAGUGAGCCAGCGACCGGCAGGGACGCCGUCCACUCCCCGCUGGGAGCCGACACCAGCCCGCUGAGGUUCAGCAGGCCCAGUCGAGAUGAUAAAACGUGCACUGACAGCGAGCAGGAGCUGGAGCAUCAUGACGAGCGCUGCACUGGCUCCAACAGCCCGGGACCUGAACCUGUGUCCCCCUACAGCUCCAGGUGUGAGGAGCGCAUCAGGGACAGGCCUAGCACAGAAAAAAAGGAUGACUCUUUAUUCAGUAUAAGAAACCUUGAGAAGGACAAAGCGGAGGGCAGGCACAGGAAGGACACCACGGAAGUGUUGACAAAGGACUUAGAGGCCGGAGGCAUUAGUGCCACUAAGGAGGCCUUCUCCCCUCUCAUGGUCCAGACCGAGAGCCCCUCGCACUUCAGCCCAGGCCACUUACAAAGCCUGGCUCUGUCUGGCUUGCACAGUCAGCAGUUCUUUAACCCUCUGGGCGCCGGAUCACCGCUGUUGUUUCACCCCGGGCAGUUUGCCAUGGCCCCUGGAGCCUUUUCUGCGAUGGGCAUGGGACAUCUAUUGGCCUCUGUGAGUGGUUUGGAAAAUGGCAGCCUCUCCACCCAGGGCACAGGAGGAACGCCCAACCCCUUUCCCUUCCACCUGUCCCAGCACAUGCUCGCCUCUCAGGGCAUCCCCAUGCCUCCAUUUGGAGGUCUGUUCCCAUACCCCUACACCUACAUGGCAGCGGCUGCAGCAGCGGCCUCGGCCUCAACCCUCCCAGCCACCAGCACCGCUAGCCCACUCUCCAGGAACCCAUUCCUGAGUGUGUCACGUCCCCGGCUACGCUUUAACCCCUACCAGCUCCCAGUGUCGCUGCCUCAGAGCUCCAGCCUGCUCUCCGCUGGCCUGCAAGGCAGCCUCAACCCAGGCUCAGAAUCCUCCAAACCAGGCAGCAGGGAGACCAGCCCGGCCCCGGAGCACCACAGCAACCAUAAGACAGGUGGGUUGAGCGGGAGGGCCGCAUCUCCCAAAACCUCCGUGAAGGACUCAGUGAAUGAGCUGCAAAGCAUUCAGAGACUGGUGAGUGGCCUGGAGGGCAAGCGGGAGCCCUCCCCGAGUGGAGACUCUCCCAAGUGAUGAAGACUCUCUGUUUGGGAUGAACACUUGGCUUAAAUACCAGAGGACUAUGAGUGCAAAUGUCCUGUACAGCACAUUAGGGAGACUGGGAUGAGGAUUGAUCGAUAUGGGUCGGUGAAAGCCAAUAGCUGGUAUUUUUUGGAACAAAGCUGCAGAUAGACACACACUUAGUUCAUUUAAUUCAAUUUGAAAUUGUUGAAAUUCACAUGCAUUGAGGUUUUCACUCCAGAGCUGACCUGACCUGAGGAAGGCCUGUCAGACGACAUGUCGACUAUCAUCAGACACCAAAGCUCUCUGCUGAAUCCCAGGUUUAGCAGCUCUUGAAGGCAAGCUGACCCCCAUAGAAACUCUGGGGUAGUUUGGAUACAUUGAUAAAUUAAAAAAACAAAAACAAUAUUCAAAAAAACUAUAUUUAAAACUAACAAUGAAGUUAUAUAUAUAGCCUACAUGGAAACACUUUUUAGACAAGGAAACACUAAAAUAAUGAUAAAAUUGAAGAAAAAAAUAUGACCACUUCAGGCCUGUCACUGAUCAAUUCCACUAC